UCUGCGUUGUAGACCGCGCGUCAUCACACCGCGUCUGUCAGGAAAUGGCACGCAGCCUAAGAGCCUGACCUGAACCACGCAUGUUGUAAACAUUUCACUUUUCCUGGCAAGAUUGAACCGAAAUGGCACCGGUAGAUCAAAAAAUGAAGAAUAAGAAGUUCACCGCGAAAGAUGGCAACUGGAAGAAGUCACAAAAUAACGCACAGGGUGUCAAGAAAAAGAAGAAAUGGGUCCCCGAGCACAAAGUAUACGAAGGCAGUGUUAAGGAAGGUCAGGGGUUUGCUUUAAAAAGGAAGCAAAAAGUCCAACAUGAGUACAACAAGCUGCUGCGGAAGGAGAAGAAAAAGAACCCUGAGUCCAAAGCGCUGUACAAGGACGAGUACCCAGAACACCUCAGGCAUCUGUACGUGGCCGAGGCAGAGAAACUGAAGAACGAGGCUUGGACCCAUCGAUUGAACAGGAGUAAGCUGAGAAUGAAAAGGCAAGAGAAGGGAGAAGAAAUAGAAAGCAAUGAUGAUGAUGAAGCUGAUGCUGAUGCUGAUGCAGAAGCUACUGGUGGAUCAGAGCAGACUGAUAAUGUCACCGGGGACUCUGAACUAACAGCAGCCUCGGAGAAACACAGUCUUCCAAUGAGCAACCGCAUGAGGAAGAAAAUGCUAAAGAAGACGUCCUACCAGAAGACAAAAGAGGAAUUUGAAUCAAUCACAGAAAAGCGGAAACAGAAGAAAGAGGAAUACAUUAAGAAUAGCAAGCAGAGAGAAGAAGCCAUUCAGAAGUACAAACAGAAAAAGGCGGAGACGUUUCAGAUGCUGAGCAAAAAGACCAAGAAAGGACAGCCCAAUCUCAAUCUCCAAAUGGAGUAUUUGCUUCAAAAGAUCACCCAAGGAACUGGGAAAUGACUCCCCGAGUUACAGCUGUAAU